AUGGAACAUCCCACUGUGUUGCACUUAAAUGCUGUGAAGAGGAUCUUGACGUACGUUCAAGGGACGUUGGAACUGGGUCUGGUGUACUCAAAGACAAGUGGAAACAAUGUUUUAACGGGGUUCUCGGACAGUGACUUGGCUGGCAAUCCUGAGGACAGACGAAGUACAAGUGGGAUGGCAUUCUAUUUAAAUGAAAGCUUGGUGACAUGGGUGUCUCAAAAACAGAGGUGCGUGGUUUUGUUGUCGUGUGAAGCGGAAUUUAUGGCUGCAACUGCAGCGGCAUGCCAAAGCAUAUGGCUUCGUAAUGUUCUGCAGCAAGUUACAGGUGAGCUUAUGGGUCCAGUGACAUUAUAUCUUGACAAUAAAUCUGCUAUUGAUCUUGCCAAAAAUCCAGUGUUACACAUUGAUGUGCGAUAUCAUUUCAUUCGUGAAUGCAUUGAGCGUGGUGAGAUAAUUGUGAAGCAUGUGCCAAGUGAAGCUCAGCGUGCAGACAUUUUAACGAAGGCUUUAGCCACUGUGAAAUUCGAGCAAAUGAGGCUCCUUAUGUGA